GGUACGCGUAAGCAUCAUAUGAUCGCAGUCCGCAGUCCUUGACCCGCCUAAUCGCCGAAGCGCAGCUGCUCACGCAAAAGGUCUUCGGCAUUGUCGCGCACACGCUGGCGGAGAAAGGAGCGUGCUUCUUCUAGUAGCAUCUCAAAACGUACGGAAACACGUACGCGAUCAUGGCCGAUACUAAAGGCAGCAACAGAGGAACCAUGGCGGCCCAGCUAGUAUCAGCAGAAACCGUGGAAGGAGUAUUCAGCAUGAUCUCCGUGUACCUGAACGAUGACCUGGUCAAGCAGAUUGGUGGCGUCUUCGUUUUCGACGUCAAAGGUGAGCCCAACAGGUGGUACGUCGACCUCAAGAACGGCAAGGGUUCCGUUGGCAAGGGGGACCCACCUCAGGGCAAGGUUGAUGUGACCUUCGUCAUGGAGCGCGACACCUUCAUCAAGAUGUUCACGGGAAAGCUGAAUCCGACCAGUGCCUUCAUGGCCGGCAAACUGUCGCUCAAGGGCGACCUGCCUAUGGCGAUGAGGCUCGACAAGCUCAUGGGAGAGAUGCGUUCCAAGCUCUGAUUCCAGCCGGCGCAGAAAUGCAGCAAUCUGGACACUUUGUUUGUGCCGUGUGUUGACCGCGAGACGCGCGUGGUGAAAAAUAUUGGAUACUUCUUGCGACAGUGAAGUAAAUGUUGUGACAAAGGGACACAGUAUCUGUGUCCCAAGUAGAACCAUCUGCCACAUUAGAAAUUUUAUGCACACGAUAGACAGAUGGAAGAGCUUGAGUACGGGCAAGAGUUUUCAUCCUUUCCUCUGGCUUGCUCUGUCCAUGGUUUUUAUCAAUGUGGGGCACCGUUUAUGAGAACUUAUAAGCCAGUCCACCCUUACCAUUCAAAACCUUAAAGCAACCUAGAACAGCUGUUCAGAAAGAUAGAAUCUCUUCUGCUAUCCAGCGAAGGCUCGCAUAACUCCAGAGCUUAUGAUGCAUGGGACCAUUCCAUAUAGUAUAUAAGCAAAGUAAAGCAAUGAUGACUUUGCAGUUCCGGGUAACCUCGAACUUGAAGCUAAUGGUCAUUAAUGGCACAUCUAGGCAAUCUUGGCUGCCAUGGUGAAGGUGAUAUCAGUGAUAAUUAGUUUGUUAGAACAGAGCUGCAAGUGCAGCAAUAGUAAAUUAAUUUCAUUUGCAUAUGCUGCAGAAAAACAACAAAGAAACGAGAACAGUAAUGCCACACGGUUCAUGCAAGACAAUAUUAAUCAACCCUGGUUUGUGCUGCUUAGAGGUCUGAAACCAACACAAAAAUAUAACAAGGAUGCUAUAAACAGUUGAAGCCAUACAUAGACGAGUUCACAGAGAUGAGAUUACACACAAGACAUUACUUAAAGGAAAACAUUUUAUUUGUUAUUCUGUAUUUUUAUUCAUGAGAUUUCAGAGCAAACUAACACGAGUCCACAUAAUGCCAGUAAGACGCGUGCUAGUUUAUAAGUACUGCUAAUUUACUAUGAACACAUUUGGAAACGAGUCUGUGACCUAACAACUAUUGCGACAGGACAUAGUUAUAUUACAACUACAACAGAGGUACUGAACAUCUUGCAGUACAUAUACAUAGACAUUCAACGACAGCGCUAUGUUAGCUGUGUGCAGUGUUAACAAGUGAGUUAAUUUACUGAUCAUAGUUAUAUUUCAGUGACGUAAGCAUAUUUUGUGAAACACAGAAAUGUGACUACUGCAUGCACUGUUAACAUACAGGGCAUAUAGCUGUGUCGUGUGAAAUACGCAAAAGUUAGACAGAAGACUUGCAUCUGCAAUGCAAAGACAGUGACAACACACAGGAAAAAGAAAUGACUCAACAAGUGCCACUUAGAACAAAUGUCUUUGUACUCAUGAAAAGUGGAAGUUUGUACACAAUGUGCUAUGCGAGUGUGAUACCAUCUAUGAAAGUAAUGGCAAAAAGACCAACCAGAUAUGCAUUUAAAAUGCAAAAUGAAAAUGUAAGAUAUAUAGACACAAAUGUCCAAGAAAUGCCACUUGGAACAAGAGUUUUUGUUUCCUCUCUCAAAUAAAACUUUGUACACAUACC